AUGUACGGGCUCGUGUGGUCCGUCCCCGACGACGGCAACCUGCACCUCGUGUUUGAGUUUAUGGACCGCGAGAAGCUCCGGUACACCAUCCAGUUGAUCGAGGCGCUUGUGUGCCUUCAUGAAGCCAGUAUCAUCCACCGCGAUGUCAAGUCCAAGCAUGUGCUGCUCCACAGCUCGGGGGAUGCGAAACUGACGGAUUUUGGCUGGUCGCGGGAAAUGGAUGUCCAAGUGCUGCUAACACACGGCGCGGGGUCGUUUCGAUGGUCAGCUCCCGAGAUUUUAGAAACCCCGAAACCCCAGCAGACUAUAUACGCUGUGUGA